AUAUUUGCCGUGUACUAGGCGUGAUAUUAUAGCCACUCUUCUAUUAGAGUUCUAAUUGAAAAACUAAUUAGCUAAGUGAUUUUCCAUAGCGUUUAUCUACUCCUAUGGAAAAUUCCAGCAAGUGGGAAGUAUUUCAUGCAAAAUAUAUUCGAUGUGUUGGAUUUUCAUUAAGAGCAAUGAAGAAAAUUGUUUAAUGUUACAUUUCAUACACUGCCUUCAGCUUCGCUCAAUUGUUCACAGGCACAAUGUAAUGACUACCUUCGUAUUAGGAAUCGGUGUUGGGCUCUUUGUGAUAACAUGCCUUUGGUUCUUUGCUGCCCUCAUAUUUCUGAUUUCUUUGAGAAUUAAUAAAAAAUUUGGCUUUGCUGUGAUUGCACUUUCUGGAAUCAUCACUAUUAUACUCAUAAGUGUUCCUCGCGCCUAUGAAAGUUCAAAGUUAUUUGAAGACAAGCCAUACGACCAUUUAUUCAUCUGGCGUUUGAUACUGCUAAUCCUGCUCACUGCUUCAUCGUUGGUAGGGCUCAUAGGAUACGUGAAAUUUGAAUUGACGGAAACCGUUCAAACAGUUCGCAUAACAAGCUGGGUCUUUAAUAAAUAAAAUUGCUACUUUUAAUUACAC